UCCGCGCUGGACAACUGCGGUCUCAUCGCCGCGUUCGUCGCCGUCGUCGCGGCGCAGGCGCUGAAGCCGCUGACGGCGCGCGUCGCCGGCGGCGCGUGGAGGCCCGCGCUCGCGCUCGCGAGCGGUGGAUUUCCGAGCUCGCACAGCGCGUUCGUCACCGCGCUCGCCGCGGGCGUGGGCGCGCAGUGGGGAUACGACUCGGGAUCGUUCGCGUGCGCGUGCGCGGUGAGCGCGGUGGUGAUGUACGACGCGAUGGGGGUGCGAAGACAGGCUGGAUUCCACGCGACGGCGAUCAACACGCUGUCGCUCACGGACACGCUGUUCGACGAAGGAUUCGACGCGUUCGUCGGGCGGUUGCAAGAGCGACCGCUGCGAGAGCACAUCGGGCACACGCCCGUGCAGGUCGUCGCGGGGGCGGUGACGGGG